GACGACUCGGACUUGGAUUUAGUGGCACUUUGUAAGGAUGUCAGCUGUCAGAGCACCCGCCGUACGAUUAGCCACCCGUCCAAUAACGGGAAAUACAUCAUUUGCAAUGAUAGCCAAUCGGGUAAUACUAUCCAAAAGUGUGGACCAGGAUUACUGUUUGAUGAGAAGGUGCUGUCCUGUAAUUAUGCCGGUCUUGUAGACAGUAGGGGACCAUCAGGAAAGAACCUUGAUCUCUUUGUGCCUAAAAUUAUUAUCCGCUGGACUUCGACCCCUCAAAGAUCCCACGGCUACGGCCGCCGAAUACCCGACAAUAUGCGGGGCAACACAUGCGGCGACUAUAUAGCGAAGGGCAAGAAGUUUAAAGCCCGGAAGGGGGAGACAUAUUUCGGCUUAAAGGUGUUCCGCUUCUACAUGCGGUGCCCCCGCUGUAUGGCUGACAUCACACUCAAGACUGAUCUCAAGAAUAUGGACAAAGUGGUGGAGCAUGGAGUGACACCUAUUUUCAAAGCCUUACAACUGGGGGAACGGGAGGUGGAGGGCAGACAGGAGGAGAAGGAAGAGCACCUGAAUCCUAUGAAAAAUUCACGAAACAGUCGCACCGGGAAAGGUGUGGUGGGAUCGACGGGUGUCGGCAUACCAGUGCCGCAUGAUUCGGUCAAUAAGCUAAUGGAUAAGGAGUUGGAGGUCGAGGAGAGGGAGCUGUUGGCCCGGAUUAGAGCCGGUGAGGGGUCGGGCGAUGACAGCAGCGAUAAUGAGGUGCGGCUCAAGUUUGCGGUGACUUUCGGUACGAUCGAUGGGUUGAGUAAUAAUAAGAGUGACAAUUGUUUGAGUAAUCAAUUGGUGGCCAAAGAGUCGCUGAAACGAAAGAUCGAUAACUUCGUUGUGGUUAAGAAAAAGUGGUCAAAAUCUAUGAGUGGCAGAGGUUUCCCAUUGUGUCGACAAAAAGGCAUUCAAUUCACUGGUGUUUUAGUGCAGAGUUUGGGGCGUUUUCUCACAGCAGUGGACGUCAUAUGUGUUACACACGAGAGUCGCAUCGUUAAGUUAUGUGCAGUUAUGGUAGAAAUCGGCAAAUCAUUCAUCAAAGCCAAGAGGUAUUCCUAAAC